ACCAACAAAUUUUCAACCCUAAUCAAUCCAACCCAACCAAAAUUCACCCUCUUGCAAUCGAGUGAGUCAAGUGAGGGAACGAGUCUAACUCAGUCUCCACGCACUGAUCUCACAGCACAGCGAGCGAGCACAACGCUUGGGCUGAGGAAGAAGGAAGAAGAAGCAUGGCGGUGCGGUCCACAGUGUCGCGUUUCCCGAUGGACACGGACGCGCGCGAGGGCUCCGGCCUGCUCUGGGGUGUCACCGUCACGCCGUUCGCCGCCACCGACGAGAACACCCGCGCUCCGUCGUACGGCUCCGGCGGCGACCUCUUGCCCCGGUGCGAGAACUGCUGGGCCUACUUCAACACCUACUGCGAGCUCGAGCAGUGGUCCUGGUCCUGCUCCCUCUGCGGCAACCUCAAUGGACUCUCCUCCGACGCCAUCGACCGCUACUCUCGCCCUCAGUCCUGCGCCGAGAUGAUGUCCUCCUUCGUAGAUCUCGAAUUGCCUUCGCAGGAAUCCGCAGAGGUAGCGGCAAUGCAGGCGUGUCCGGUUUAUGUUGCUGCUGUUGACUUGUCCUCUUCAGAGGAGUUUCUAGAACUUAUUAAAAGUGCAUUGCUGGCAGCUCUGGAAGCUCUUGCUCCUGGUUCACUUUUUGGGCUUGCUACAUUCAGCCACAAACUAGGAUUGUAUGAUGUUCAAGGUCCAAUACCUGUUGUGAAAAAUGUUUUUAUCCCUCCUGAUGCAGAGGGAACCUUGCCCAUUGAGCUUGAAGAUGUCAUGCCUUUGUUACAGUUUCUGGCUCCUGUGGAAACUUGUAAGGACCGUAUUGCAUCUGCACUUGAAACACUUAGACCAACAACUUCAUGGGAGAGAACCACGGCAGCAGGUCAAGGGCUGGAUGGUGUUCUGAUAGGUGGGCGUGGUUUUGGGAUGGCAAUGGAAGCUCUCUGCAAUUACCUUGGAUCUGAAUAUGGGAACACUUUUGCUUUAGCUAGAGUCUUUGCCUUCUUGUCUGGUCCCCCUGAUUAUGGAGCUGGACAAUUGGACACAAGACGAUAUGGUGAACAAUAUGCAAGCAAAGGAGAGGAUGCUGAUCGUGCUUUACUCCCGGAGCAGACACCCUUUUAUAAAGAUCUGGCUGCUGUUGCUGUUCAAGCAGGUGUAUGUGUUGACAUAUUCGCCGUAACAAAUGAGUACACUGAUUUGGCAUCCCUAAAAUUUCUGAGUAUUGAAAGUGGGGGUUCCUUAUUUUUAUACACAAGUACCGAGGAUUCAACAUUGCCUCAGGACAUGUAUCGGAUGCUGAGUCGACCGUAUGCUUUUGGUUGUGUCCUGCGGUUAAGAACCUCGACUGAAUUUAAACCUGGCAAUUCUUAUGGUCACUUCUUUCCAGAUCCACAGUAUGAAAAUGUUCAACACAUCAUAUGUUGUGAUUCUUAUGCUACAUAUGCUUACGACUUUGUGUUUGAGAACAACGUUGGAUUUUCAAGAACUAAAUCAGAUGUUCCUACAAUUCAGAUUGCAUUUCAGUACUCAGUUGUAGUUCCUCCUCAGGAACUUUCUAUUUCUAAUUCAGGAGGGGUUUCUACAAAUAGAACCAAGCAUUCCCUUCAGCGCCGGCUAAGGAUCCGAACAUUGCAAUUUGGUGUUGCUCAGAACAUUCAUGAACUUUAUGAUAGCUGUGAUCCCGAAGUUGUUCUAUCUUUGCUUGUUCACAAGGUUAUAUUAGCCUCUUUGGAGGAAGGAGUUAGGGAGGGUAGAAUUUUGCUUCAAGAAUGGCUAGUGAUCCUCACAGCUCAGUACAACGAUGCAUAUAAGCUUAUUCAGUAUAAUAAUGGAAGUUCCGUAAGAUCUCAGAUUGAUGUUGCAUUCUCUCAAUGUCCUCAAUUGCAGCCCCUACCACGCCUAAUUUUUGCUCUACUUCGAAAUCCUCUUCUCCGCUUUCAUGAAGAGGGUGUUCAUCCGGACUAUCGCAUCUAUCUUCAAUGCCUUUUCAGCAUGUUGGAACCCAGUUCCCUUCAUCGUGCUGUGUAUCCCGUGUUGACAUCAUAUGCUACUCCAGAUAAACAAGCAUAUCCUCGUCAUUCAUUGAGUCGUGCAGCACUGAUUACCAGUGGCAGUCCGAUAUUUUUCCUUGAUGCAUUCACAAUUCUGAUUGUGUUUUAUUCUUCGACUGCAGACCCGACACUUCCUUUUCCUCCACCCCAUGAUUGUUUGUUAAGGACUACAAUCAACAAAUUGAAGCAAGAGAGAUGCAUCACUCCCAAGCUCAUUUUUAUUCGAGGAGGGCAUGAUGAUGCCUCAAUUUUUGAGAACUUUCUGAUCGAAGAGCAGGAUGUUGAUGGAAGUGGUCUUACCAGUGUGAUGGGUUUUGUUUCUUUCCUUGAAGACAUUACACAGAAAGUUUUGGAAUUCAUGAAAUAGGGAUCCCUUUUGGGUACAAUUUCUACUUACAGAUACAGGAAUUAUAUACAUUAUAGGUGCUUCCAUUUUGUAAGGAUGGGUUCUAGUUCGUUCAGAACCAACCAUGGAGUCAAGCUUUUGGUUGGUUGCCUUUGUUGUACCUGUUUUAUAUCAUUUAUACCCUUUUUUUUGAAGUGCUAGUUAAUGUACAUUAUAAUACUAUCCUUAUUUACACUGGCUGAUCUUCUAGAUUUACGUUAAUGGAGAAAUGGAUUAUAUUAAUGACCUA